AUGGGUAAUGAGAUUUCUAAUGGAAGUCCAGGAGACCUGGAAUAAAUGAAAAGAUUCAUGAACAUGUCACCUGGUUAAGUUAAAUUGAUAAAGUAAUCUUGAUUAACAAAUUGUGUUUUAGAGAGAAAUUUGAAUUGAUGGCAGAUGAGGAUCUCACUAUUGAUAGAAAUGGCUUUAUUCAAUUGAUGAAAUUGAAAGAGACAGAAGUUGAUAAAGUGUUUUAAUUCUUUGACAUCAGUAAUGAUGGUCGAAUUGAUAGUCAUGAAUUUGUAUGUGCUUUGAGUCUUUUGAGCUAAGCAACCUUAAAGGUAUAUUAUACAAUCAUUAUCUCAAAGGAUAAAGCAAAUAUUAUAUUUUCAUUAUAUGAUUUUGAUCAUAAUAAAACCAUAACUAGAAAUGAAUUAGUCAUUUUAAUAAAGACAACUUUGACAGCUUUGGGAGCAAUGUCAUAGAAAGGUGAAUGUACAAUCUAAGAAGCAGAAAGAAUUUCAGAUGAAUUACUAAGAAAGUAUGAUACAAAUAAGGAUGCCUCAAUAUCAUUAUCUGAAUUUUAAAGGUUUGUAUUAUUUCUUAAUUAUUUUUAUAGUCUUUUAUCAAAAGAUCAAGAUGUACUUAAAAUGCUUUUAUCCUAUGGAUUAUGUUCCUUAGAAGAUUUGAGAUCUGAUUUUGGAGGAGCAUAAUAAGGAGAUAUUCCAUAUCCAGAUUCUGAUUUAGAAAGUGAAACAUAGAGGAAAUUGUUGGCAUAUGAUUAGAAAAGAGAAAUGAGAAAGAUUGGAAUUGAGUCUAAUUUUGAAGAGGAUAAUAUCUAAUUCUAAAAUGAUUAAAAUUUUAAAGCAAACAAAGUACCAAAUAAAGAAGUUUGGAAAAAUUAAGUAAAAAAUGGAUAACCUUCAGCUUGGAAACCAGGAAAAGGUGAUAUUAAUCCACCAAGUACUUUUAUGGAAUUAGAUUAUAUUUAUGGAUUUAGAAGUUUCGAUUCUAGAAAUAAUAUUAAAUUUGCAAAUUAAGAUUUAGUUUAUUUUACUGCUGCAGUAGGAGUUGUCUAUAAUCCUUAAACAAAUUAAUAGAAAUUCUUCUUUGAACACACAGAUGAUAUUACAUGCAUAGAUGUUUAUGAUAGAUAUGUAGCAACUGGUUAAGCUGGAUAAAUACCUCCAAUUUAUAUUUGGGAAAUCAAAGAUCAAAUGGAACCAUCUAAAGCUGCUUUUAAAGGAAUCUUACGUUAAGGUGUAUAAUGCUUAGCAUUUUCAAAUGAUGGUAAGAAAUUAGCCGCCGUCGGUAUGGAUGAUGAUCAUACAUUGGUUGUUUAUGAUGUUGAUAAAGGAAUGGAUGCUAGACUAAAAGGAGAUGCAAAUCAAACAUUAUUAGCUACAGGUAAAGGUCCAAGAUCUUUUGUAUUUGAUAUUAAAUUUGAUAAAGUUGAUAAGUACUUGAUUUUAGCAUGCAAGAAUGAAGUUUUCUUUUGCAGUUAUGAUCAAGGCUCAGUUAAAUUGAAUCUAGGAAUCUGGGAUACAAAAACAUGUCCUUUCUCUUCUGUCUUAUGCAUAGCAUUAUGCGAUAAUAAUGUUAUAACAGGAACUUAUAGAGGAUAGUUAUUGGUUUGGAAAAGUAAUAGAGCUACUACAGCUGUUGAUGCUCAUAAAAGUGCUGUCUUAGCUAUUCAUACUAAAAAGAAUUAAGAAGGAGGAGUAGUAUCUGGUAGUAAGGAUGGAACUAUCAUUGUAUGGGAUAUAAAUAUGAAAGCAAAAGAAAAAUUUAAUGUUCUAAAUUUAAACUUAAAAAUAUUUAAUUUCAAAGUUUAAAGUGUUACUAUUGGACCAAAUGAUUAAGAUAAAUCUUCACAUAUAGUUUUUGGAACAAGAGGUUCUGAUAUAGUGGAAAUAUAAGGACCAAAAAGUAAGAUUUUGAUGAGAGGACAUUCUUAAGGAGUUUUAAGAGGAUUGGCUAUGCAUCCUAAAUUUCCAACCUUUUAUACAAUUGGAGAAGAUAAUAUCUUAGCUUCUUGGUUGAUUAAAGAUAAAAAGAUGUCAAGUUGUAUGAGAUUAGAUUAUCCCAGUAGUGCUAUCCAUAUUAGCAAGGAUUAUAAAUAUUUAGCUGUUGGAAGUACUAAUGGAACUGUACUUAUUAUUGAUCCUAAAACAUUGAUGCCAACUUUUAAUUUUAAAGAUAGAGAUGCUGAAGUUUCAUGUCUCAAAUUCUCUCCUGAUACAGAAUAAUUAGCUGUUGGUCAUGAUGCACCUAGUUGUGAUGUCAUCAUAUAUUCUAUUAAAAAUCAUUUCAAAAAGACUAAUGUAUUACGAGGCUCACCAGCAAGAGUUAUCAGUAUCGAUUUUUCAUCUACAUGUAGAGUAUUAUAGAUAAAUGAUUGGAGUUAAUAAGUUCUUUAUUAUGAAUUAGGAGGGGAAAAUAAUUAAAAAGUAUAACCUGAAGGAGCUCUAAAAUAUAAAGAUGAAAAAUGGGCUACAUAUACAGCUAUAUAUGGCUGGCAUGUAUUGGGAGUAUGGCCAGCAUUAUCAGCUGGAUGUGAUAUUAAUGCAGUAGAUAGAUCUAAUAAAGGAGAUAUAUUGGUGACAGCUGAUGAUUAUUCUGGAAUUAAGAUAUUCAGAUAUCCAGCUUCAUAACCAGGUCAAGGAUAUUAAAGAUAUGUAGGUCAUGCAGCUCAUGUGACUAAUAUUAGAUUUACAGCUGAUGAUGAAUAUAUAAUAUCUUUGGGAGGAGCUGAUAAAUCUAUUAUGUAAUGGAAAGUGUCACAUGAUAAGGAUGCUUAGAUAGAGUAAGAUCAAGCAUGUGAAUCUAUUCAGGAUGUUUAAAUUUCUAAGGAUUAUUAUAGACUAAACUUAAAUGAAGAAGAGAACAAAUAGGAAGGGUAGAAAUAAUAUUAAGCCUUUGUUAAAGCUACAUAGCCUACAAAUUUUAAAUUUGAUGAAAAGAAAUACAAUGUGUUACCUUAGGGUAAUUUAGCACUUGAUUAUGUUUUGGGAAUGAAAACAGAUUAGUUAGGUUAAGAUUAUCUUAAUGGGGUUAAAUUAUUAGAGAAUGGAAAAAUAGCAUUUUCAUGUGGAACUGUUGGAAUCAUUAUGGAUCCUAAUAUUCCCAUAGGAUAAUAAUAUUGUGCUUAAACUUAUUUUAGAUAUCAUUAAGAUGAAAUAUCUUGUAUUGCUAUUCAUCCUCGAGGAAGGAUUGUAGCAACAGGAACAAAAGCAUUUGCUUUGAAUGAAAAAUAAUUGACAGCAAUAUUUGUUUGGGAAGCUGAAUCGAAGAAGGUUCUAUCUAUGUUAAAUGAUUUUCAUACAAAGAUGAUUUAUUGUUUAGAAUUUUCAUAUGAUGGAGUUUUCUUAUUAUCUUUUUCUUCAGAAUAUUCUAUAGCAAUUCAUGAUUGGUAAAUUGGAUAAUUGAUUAUCACUGUUAAAACUAUGAGAUCUAAUAUUUAUGGUAUAUGUAGUAAAUCACCAAAUGAAUUUAUGUCUUGUGGAUAAAGAAGUGUAACAUUCUAUUAAAUGAAUGGCAGAAAUGUUAAAUGUUAUCCAGGUAUUUUAAAUAGUAAUCAAUUUGAACCAAUGUUAUGCUGUUGUGUUGCAUUUAAAGAAUCAUAUGAAAUUACUGGGUCAGAUAAUGGAAACAUAUUUUUAUGGAAGGAGAAUAAAAACAUUAAAAAUUAUCAGGCACAUAGAUCAAAGGUUAGUUCAUUAGUUGCAGUUGGAAAAUCCUAAUUAUAUAGUAGUGGUUUAGAUGGAUAAAUAAAAUUAUGGGAAAUGAAUGGAAAUAAUUUAAAUAAUGUGGCUACCAUAAUAGAUAUUACUGAAGCACUGCAUUAACCAAAAUUAGUUGGUAUUAUAUCAAUGGACAUUAAGAAUGAUAAUAUAAUAAUAGCAACUAAAUAAGCUUAGAUGUAUUAUGCUCCGCUAAAAAAUGUAUAAAAUUUAAAAUUAUUACUUGAUUGUCACUAUGGAGGAGAGGUAUGGGGAAUAGCAGCAAGUAGAAAUUCAUAAACAAUUGUAACAUGUGGAGGUGAUAGUGUUCUUCGUUAAUGGGAUAUUAAUUAAUAUACAUUAGUGAAGUGUUCAUCUCCAUUUGAAAAUGAUAUAAGAGCAGUGGAUUGGAGUUCAGAUGGAAAAUACUUAGCAGUUGGAGAUGUACGUGGAUGUAUCUAUUUGGUAGAACCAACAAAUAUGAAUGUUUUGGAUAAAAAGAAUUCAAAAGCAGGUAGUUUGAAGUAAGGUGCUUAAGGUAAAACAUUUUGGAUAGAGGAUAUAAAGUUUUCACCUGAUAGUACUAAAAUAGCAUUUGGUGCUCAUGGUACUUAAUCAUAAGUAGAAGUUUGGGAAAUUGAAGGAGGUAAAUUUAAUAAACAAAGUUCAAUAAACAUUUCAUUAAAUAGUAGUUUGAUAAAAUUAGAUUGGGCAGUUGAUUCAAUGCAUAUAGUAGUAAAUUCAUCAACUUAUGAAUUGAAAUUUGCAAAUGUUUAAUCCUUAAAAGAUGUUCCAGGACCUCAAGUAAAAGAAUUAGAUUGGUUUACUUGGACAUGUUUAUUUGGAUUUAAUGUUUAAGGUAUAUAUAAGAAGGACGAAUACUCAGUUACAGCAGUAUGUGUUGAUAAUCAGAAGUAAAUAUUAGCAACUGGUGAGUAUAAUGGUAUUAUAAAUCUAUAUUAAUAUCCUGCUGUUUGUUAAUUUAAUUAGAUUCAUAAGGAAUAUCCUGGACAUGCAAAUGCAAUUACAAGAAUGAGAUUCUCAUUUGAUGAUAGUAAAUUAAUAUCAACUAGUGGUAUGGAUAGAGGAAUAUUUAUUUGGAGAACAGAUUGGUCAAAAUAAUAAUAAUAGUUAAUGUUAUAAGAAGAAAAUGCUUAUGGGAAAUUGGAUGAAGACAUAGAUGAUUUAGUAUCUUUAACAAUUCCAUAGGAGAAAACAAGAAGACUUGGAUCUGAUAAAUAUGGGAAAGUGAGAAGAAGAGACAAUUAAAUAGAAAGAAAUGAUGAUCAAUAGAAUUAUAAUGAUUAAAAUGAAAAAGGAGAUGAAUUCACUAUUAUAAGACCAUGGAUGGGAGCAAUUAAAGAACCUUCAAAUUAUUAUAAAGAUCCAUUGAACUAAAAUAAAUAACCUCUUGUCGAAUUAACACUAGAAUAUGUUCAUGGAUAUCGUAGUAGAGAUUGUAGAAACAAUGUGAAAUAUUUAAAGGGAGGAUAAAUAGUUUAUAAUGCAGCAGCAUUAGCUAUUGUUUUAGAUCCCAAUCCUAAUGCAAACACAAAUUCAAGUUCUUAAAAAUUCUUCAAUUAACAUACAGAAGAUGUAGUUUCUUUAGAUGUAUCAAAUGAUCACCUAAAAGUCGCUACUGGACAAUUAGGAGCUAAUCCAUAAAUCUGUAUAUGGGAAAGCAAUACUUAAGCUAUAAUUUGUUAAUUGAAAGGAUACUUUACUAAAGGAAUUCUACAAUUAGCAUUUAAUGUUUCAGGAGAUAAAUUAGCUGCCAUAGGAAUGGAUGCCUGUCAUUAAUUAUGCAUUUUUGAUAUUAUAACUAAAUCUUCAAUAGGAGGAACUUUGUUAGUUAGAGACCAGAUUGGUAAAGAUAUUGUAACAGAUAUUAAAUGGAAGAAUGAUUUAGAAUUUAUUACUUGUGGAUUUAACCAUUUAAAAUUUUGGAAAUUAGGUCAUGGAGGUUUGACUUAUUCUAAAGCUUAUCCAUAAAAACCAUUAUCUUAUAAAUAUUUAUGUGCUGCUGUCAAUAAUGAUGAUUAUUUAUUAGGAGCUGUUGAUGGAUCUUUAUAAAUCUAUUCUGGUGGUAAAUUCACUUCUUAUUUCUAAUAUUUAGAAGCUAAUAGAUCAUUAGAAGCUAUUAAUGUGUCUAAAGAUUUGUAAUUUUAUAUUAUUUAUUAUUAGUGUACUUAUAGGAGGAGCUGAUUCUAAAAUUGUUAUUAUUGAUUCUAAGACUUAUAAAUAAAUACUUUCCUUUAAAUUAUCUGAAUGUAUGAGGAAUUCUUUAGGAUUAGAAGUUAAAUCAAUCUAAUUAGGUUAUGAUUUAAAAACACUACUUGUCUCAACUAAUGCUGGUGAUAUUGUUGAAUUAUCUACUAAAGAUGCCAAAAUUAAUAUUAACUCAAAAUUUGCAGUUUCUAAAAUCUUAAUGAAAUCUCAUUGUUCUCCUAAUAAAAGAUCUUUAAAUGAAGUUUGGGGUUUAGCCAUUAAUCCAUAAGAUUCAGAUCAAUACUAUACUUGUGGUGAUGACGGUACAUUGAGAUCUUGGUCUAUUAGUCAAAGAAAAAUGCUCAAUUGCAUUAAGACUAAUCUUGAUAAUAAUGGAGCUGAAAUUAAAUAAGAUGAAGUAGGGGAACUUCCAGAUAAUACUAAAGGAAGAUGUAUUGCUGUUUCUUUAGAUGGCAUAUCAAUAUGUGUUGGUUUUAAGGAUGGAACUGUUAGAGUAAUUUUAAAUUAAUUAAUUUAAGAUUUAUGAUAAAGAAUUUAAAUAAAAAUAUGUAAAUAGAUUAGCUAAGGAAUGGAUUUGUGAUAUCAAAUUUAGUCAUGAUUAAUCUUGGGUUGCAAUUGGAUCUCAUGAUAAUUCUAUCUAUAUCUAUAGUUUCCCUGAUAUGAAAUAACGUUACAAGCCUCUAAAGAAACAUUCAAGUUAUAUUACUCAUAUUAAUUUCUCUAUAGAUGGAAAUCAUCUUCAUAGUAAUUGUGGAGGGUAAAUAAUUUAUAUUUAUCAUUUUCAGAUAUGAAUUAUUAUUUUGGGAAUUAUAAUCUGGCAAGUAGCUACCUAAUGGAGCCAAUUAAUUAAGAGAUGAAAAAUGGUUAACUUGGACUACACCCUAUGGAUGGCCUGUUUAAGGAAUUUGGCCAGAAAUUUAAGAUGGUAGUGAUAUCAAUGCUGCUGUAAGAUCUAAUAAAACAUACAAUGAAAAAGAAAAACCACCUGACAAUUAUUAUCUUUUAGCAACUGGAGACGAUAAUUCUUAAAUCAAACUAUUUAGGUACUAUUCUACUUUAUUUUAAAUUAGAUAUCCUUGUGUAAAGAAAGGAUCAGGCUAUAUUUUAGGCAAAGGACAUUCGUCACAUAUCACAAACAUUGCCUGGUCAAUGGAAGAUCAUUAUCUAUUUAGUAUUGGAGGUGAAGAUAAUUGUAUUUUCUAAUGGAAAGUAAAUAAAUUGAGAUGACCUAUUGUUAAAAAUUAUGAAC